ACAUAGCAUACAACAUGGUGAGGCUAUUGAGCUGCCUUGCGUCACUCUCUCGAACUGUGGCUGGCGCGUUCGGCUCGAAAAACGCCGAGGUAAACUUAUCAGAUAGGCUGGAGCCCACUUCAAGCAAAAGCAGCCAGGACCUCGUGCUUGCUGAGCCUCGCGCAAAGCGGAGCAGUCCUGCUUCCUUGGGAAAGGACGACGAUAGACGUCCACUCUUCCUAGGUGGUCUGAAGGGGGGAGGAUCGUUGAGAUUGUGCCUAGGGAGUGUCUGUGGAUGGGAGCCAAGCAGGGGUGUGGCAGAGGAUGUUUCAACCCGGCGGCUUGCGCGCUGAUUGUCUUGCUUGGAGUGGAAGGAGAGGGAGCGAUGUACAAAGUUUGAGGGCGAGCGGAGGCGAUGGGCGAUGUGGGCAAUUUGAUAACUGAGAGAAUGUAAGCGCUGAGUCGAAGUGCGAGGUCGCUAGUAGGUCAAGAAUGC